AUGAACGGCAUCAGGACAUUGGUUUUACAAGAUCUCUCUCAUAUUUUACCUUCUAAAAGUCGUCAAGUUUCAUCUCCUCAGCUCCACGCCACCGCAUCGAGCCGCAGAUUCUGGAACUUCUUCGAGUUCUCCCUAAAGGAAGACGCCUCCUCUUCAAGUCCCAAGAAAUGCGCCUCCACGAAGGAUAUCUCUCCCUCCCUGAUUUUCCCGAACGAACUCGAAAGCACCUCCGCAAACGGUACCUGUUUAAACGCCGGUCGUACCGUCAGCCCCAAUCUGAAUCCCAAGGUCCACGUCUACCAUUUCGACAUGAAACCACCUUCCGUCGCCUCUCCAAAGCUAUCGAGUCCCCUCACUCAACCUGACAACCUGGUCUCCCUCUUGGACGGCAAUCCCGUGCCGAAGACUAUGAAGUGGAAGCUGAAGGGUUAUAAAACGCUCCGCAGCGAGGAGUCCAGCGAUUUCGCUUUUGUACCUGGCGCUAAUUCUUACGAUUUGGAUAUUCUAUCACGAAACUGUCCUAAACCAAAGAAGGAGGAUGCUGUAAAAAAGGACACUCUGUGUCUGACGACCAGAGCCAUCGAAAAUAAGCAGAACAUAGAAACCAAACCGAAGGAAGCGAAACAGGUUAACGGUAACUCGAAGGAGCAAAAUGUUAGAACAGGGCAGACUUCGGAGCCUGUCUGCGAUCAGACACCAGGUAAAAUAACUGUGGGGAUGCUACCGAAGAAGGAGGAUCAAUUUCUGCCGAUUUCUAAGAGCGAGUUAUCGAUCAGCAAAGUGCAAACGCAGCCAAAAGUGCAGUACUCUUCUAAGCCACCUAAGAUCUCCAAACCCUUGCCCCCUGGGAGCGGGAAUGAAAUUAUGGAUAGCGGAUCUUACAUUGAUAAGCCAAUGUUAGCUCCUUCUCCAAGAGAAUAUCAAGCUUCUGAGGUUUCUAAAAAACCUACGGAAGCGGACUCAGAAUGGUCCACUAUGGAGCGGAUGACCGAACAGAAGGCUGAGCGAACGCAAGCUUACGAAGAGAAAACUGGUAGAGCCACAGCUUUGCCGCAACGAGAACCAUCCGCAAAGGCUACCAAGUACUUUGCUCCGCGGAGGUCUGCGAACAGUGAUCGCGACCCUGCUUACGAGUCUGUACUGAGUGUCUUACCAGAAUACAGACCCUUGAAGAUUUCCAGUCCGCAAGAGAACCGCCUUGCGACGUCGCCUUGCGCGGCUACUCAAGCCAGAAUACAAGCAGCGGCGAGCAAAGGGUUCCAGAACGACUCUUCAGGUCAGAACUCAGACCUCGGAGGAUCUAUGUCCGGUGGUUCCGGUUCUCGCAAGCCACCGCAAUCGUUUUAUCCUCCGAUCACCCUCAAGCGAUCGUCCUCGAACGCUCCAUGUUUGACGAAGAACGUACCCGAAGUGGAGAACCGAAAAUCGGUGAACAAGAAUUCUUCCUCGAAUAUUUCUACUUCCAGUGCGAAUUUAGCGCCCAGGAAGUGUGACGAGGGCGAGAGGGAGGAAGGAAGGAUGAUAUGCACGAAACCUAGGCAGAACAAGUGUGGUAAACCGAAGAAGAAGAAGGAAAAGAAGAUUUGCCAACGUUACUGCUGUCCGGCGCUGCAGGUAUCGACGGAAUGCGACUUUAACGAGUUCCAGUGCCCGAAAGACGGCAAAAACCAUAAGAAACGCGUCGUCGAGAGGGAUCCUACGUGUCUACCGCCGGAGGAGCAGAAGGAAAGCAGCAGGGAAAUUUGCACGCAGCCGAGAGAGUCUCGCAGGGAUAGCUGCAAGAGGGAGAGGUCGUGCAAGAGGGAGAGGUCGAGCAAGAGGGAGAGGUCGUGCAAGAGGGAGAGGUCGUGCAACAGGGAGAGAUCUUGUAAUAGAGACAGAAGCAGACAAAGUUGCAAGCGAGAGGAGAGCUGUCAGCGAGACAGGAGCAGGUCCUGCAAAAGACAGGAGAGAAGAGACUGUUCCCAGAGCAGUCAGGGACAGGGUCGUGAAAUCUGCACGAAACCGAGAAAAAGAGAGUCGUGCAAACGUCAAAAGAGCAGCGAGCGCGAUUGCGGUCGAAGACCCGCGAAAUGUUCCGGAAGGAGGAACUUCACGCAGUCGGCGUUUGGAGGACGGCAGAAGCCCAUGACAAACACGAGACGAUACUCUUCUUUACCAGCGUUCGCCUUCUCGUUGAUCGGCAUAAAAUCCAGCGGGGAGACAAAGCAAAGUAUACUGGACACCCCAAUUAACAGAUUUUACGGGAAAAAGUCGUCUGGUUGCAAACCGCCUACGGACAAAUGUGAAAAGCCGGCUUCCAGCACGGACGUGAAGUGCAAGACUCCUCCGCCAAAGUGUAAACCGGCGAAGUGUAAAGCGGAGAGUACUUGCAAACCGGCGAAGAAAGAGAGUCCGUGUAAGCCGCAGAGAACUGAGAGCAAAUGCAAGCCUUCGAGGUCUCAGGAUAGAUGCAAAAGAUCAGAGAGUUCUUGCAAGAGACCGGAACCCAAGUGCAAACCGACUUGCGCGGUGAAGAAGUGUGAGAGUACAUGUAAACCGCCGAAGAAGACUGAGAGUACAUGUAAACCACCGAAGAGGACUGAGAGUACGUGCAAACCGCCGAAGAAGACUCAGAGUACAUGUAAACCAGCGAAGAAGGAGAGUACGUGCAAACCAGCGAAGAAGUCUGAUUGUGAUAGUCAAUUCAAGCCAUUGAAUCCGGCUGAAAGUCUGUGGAAACCGUCGAAGAAGACUGAGACCACAUGCAUGACACCGAAAAAGGGCGAGUGCAAGUGUAAGCCGGUGAAGAAAACUGAAAGCAAGUGUAAACCGGUGCAGAAAACUGAAAGCAAGUGUAAACCGGUGAAGAAAACUGAAAGCAAAUGUAAACCGGUGAAGAAGGCAGAUCCUUGCAAGAAGGCAGAUCCUUGCAAGAAGGCAGAUCCUUGUAAGAAGGCAGAUCCUUGCAAGAAGGCGGAUCCAUGCAAGAAGGCGGAUCCGUGCAAGAAGAGCAAGUCCGAUGACUAUUGCAGUAAAAAGAGAGAGGAAAUAUGCAAAGGUACUAAAAAGGGGGUAUCUAAUCCCCAUAAAGUUCACACUAAUCCAAAUUUCAUAACAGAAAGAAAAACCGCGCUGACAUCACCCUCGCACGAGGAAUCCACGAAAGAGAGAGUAGAACGCGAGAAGAAAGAGAUGGAAGAGUGUAAGAAAAAUAUCAAGCAAUCUGGAAAAGGGAAUAAGAAGAAGGAAGAGAAUGUAGUGCCGAAAGGUUUGGAACGUGUCGUCAGUCCGUGUAAACAGUCGAGCAAGUGUGGGAAGGAUCCCAAGAAGAAAAUGUCGUGUAUCGGCGUUCCGUUCGAUUGUUUGGUCAGCAACACCGUUGGAAACGUUAUCGGGAUGUCGGAGAAUAAACCGUACAGUAUUUUGCCGGACAGAAAUUACUCCGUGAUGAGAAGUUCCUCGAAUUUCGAUCAGCUCGAACUAGGGGAUUCGAAGCUCGACGAUGACAACAUAUUUUGGAGGAACACCGAUGACGAUUUCGAUACGACACCCGUCGAGGUUGAGGUGGAUGACAAAACUAGUUGGUUUCUGUCGUGGUUCCAUAGAAAUCAACGUUAACUGAGUACUUCACAAAUUUUGAAAAACUUCAUUUUUAAAUUUUGCAAUAGAAAUUGUUGUCACGGCUGUUUGUACCAUUAACUUUCACGACACGUGUAUUGUAAUUCUUGUAAAUUGCAGAUCUGUUUUCUGGGAACAUUAUAA